GGAUGUACGAGGAGGGCCUUGCCGCGGGUGACGCGUCCAGGGGCUGCGGGACGGCAGCCCUCGGGGCUCUCUGAGUCUGCACCCCGAGAGUUUCGUCCGCGACUGCCACUCUUAAGGCAAGCCCUAUUGGGGACUGCGCCAUCCGGCUGAAGAAGAGAAUGGCUUAGGAGCCUCUGGCCCUGUAGCCCGGGGUCGUCUGCUCCUGGACGUCGCGGCGGAAGGGAGUUGCCGGUGCGGAAAGCAUUUUGAGACAGAGAGGAAGCCCGGGGUCGCCGGGGCCGCAACUUCUGGGAGACUGCUCUGUGCCCUCUGGAGACGCUCCGCCCGCGCCCAGGGUGGUGCCAUGUGGGGCGGACGCCGUUCGUUCGCCGCCUCCUCCCGGAACGCGGCUUGGCUCCUGCAGCUGCUGCUGGCGGCGCUGCUGGCUCUGGGGGCGUGGGCCAGCGGCGAGUACUGCCACGGCUGGCUGGACGCGCAGGGCGUCUGGCGGAUCGGCUUCCAGUGCCCUGAGCGCUUCGACGGCGGCGACGCCACCAUCUGCUGUGGCAGCUGUGCGUUGCGCUACUGCUGCUCCAGCGCGGAGGCGCGUCUGGACCAGGGUGGCUGCGAUAACGACCGCCAGCAGGGCGGGGGCGAGCCUGGCCGAGCAGACAAAGACGGCCCGGACGGCUCAGCAGUGCCCAUCUACGUGCCAUUCCUCAUUGUUGGCUCCGUGUUUGUCGCCUUUAUAAUCCUGGGCUCCCUUGUGGCAGCCUGUUGCUGCCGAUGUCUCCGGCCAAAGCAGGAGCCCCAGCAGAGCCGAGCCCCAGGAGGCAACCGCUUGAUGGAGACCAUCCCCAUGAUCCCCAGCGCCAGCACUUCCCGGGGCUCAUCCUCCCGCCAGUCCAGCACAGCAGCCAGCUCCAGCUCCAGUGCCAACUCUGGGGCCCGGGCCCCCCCAACAAGGUCACAGACCAACUGUUGCUUGCCCGAGGGGACCAUGAACAAUGUGUAUGUCAACAUGCCCACGAAUUUCUCCGUGCUGAACUGUCAGCAGGCGACACAGAUUGUGCCACAUCAGGGACAGUAUCUGCAUCCCCCGUAUGUGGGGUAUACAGUGCAGCAUGACUCUGUGCCCUUGACCCCCGUGCCCCCUUUCAUGGACAGCCUGCAGCCUGGGUAUAGGCAGAUUCAGUCCCCCUUCCCCCACACGAAUAGCGAGCAGAAGAUGUACCCAGCAGUGACCGUGUAACUCAAAGUCACCGGCCAGACUGAGAGGAACCCAGGGCUGCAUUCCCAAGGUGGAAGUCCAUGGCUUUGGGAUGGCUUCAUUGACCCCCAGUGUGUGUGAAAACUUCUCCCAAUUAGCAUUUCUGGAUUUUUCAUCCCAGCAUGUGGUUGAUUGAUGAUGAGAAAACAGCCUCAUCUGGAGAUGCCUGGGUUGUUGCUGAUGAGUCUAGGAUAAAUGUUAUGAGUCCUAAGUGCCCUUGAGGUGGGGUUGUCAGAAGAAUUUUAUAACUGGUAGCUUAAGCAUUUUUAUUAUGUCACCGUUAUUAUUGCUGUCUUGGUUUUUGACCAUACGAGAUCAAAAUACUGGGCCUUUUUUUUAAUGAGCAUCCAGGAUUGAAAGGAAGAUGUAAAUAGUACAAUUAUUGUAAAAGGAGACCAGUUUGAAUUCAAUGAGAUUAAGCAUCAGUCUGAGUAUUUCACAGGCACAUCUUAACUUCAUUGUAAAAUUGUGUGUGUAUGUAUAUAUAUAGUCUAUUUUUGUGCUUUUUGAGGCCUAUUUUGUGCUUUCUUACCUUGUGUAGAGAUUUUAUUACAAAGUGUUUUCUACGUUAAAAAGAGACUGAAAGAAAUUGUACAGUGACCCAAUGAAGACACUUCAUAACUCUGGGAUUAUUUCAGAUGUGAAGUAGUGGGUGGCAUAGUAAUAAAACCAUUCAUCCCCUUCUUGAUUGUAUCUCAAUUUUUUGACUUUACAGUAACAUCUGAUGAGUAAUUGAAUGUUUUUUAUAUUGAAAUCAUAAACUAUUGCCUACUACCCUCUGAGCUACUUUUAAUUUUGUCAUGUGCUAUGGUUUAGCAUUUCAUUCUGUUUGGUUUUCAGAUCCCUAUAUCUGUAUAAUGCUGAAUGCAAGUAAUUACUGGAGUUAUAAAUGAAUAUCAGUGUUUCUGCCUAAAUCUGAUAAAACAUUUUCUUGGUUUGUUUAUAAAAAUUCAGAGAAGUGCAUUAUGAAGUAUAUAGCUCCUCAGUCAUAAUAGGAAAGAUGGGAUAAAAUUUAAACCACAGAUAUAAUGUACUUUGUAAGUCACAAGGCUUUUUAUACUCUUGUUAUCAAAAUGGUUUAUUUUUCAGGCAACAGGGACUAUUAAGUGAAGAUAAAAGCUUUUUAAUGAAAUACUACCUUUCUUUCCCCCACAGUUCUUGUUUUCCUCUUUUUCAGGCCUCAACAAGCACUAUAUUCAUUGCCAAUGUUCUGAAUUAUCAAAUUCAAGUGAAUUUAUUUGUAUAUUGUUUACUUAUAAAAAGGAUAACUUUAAAU